UAGAUUUGUACACAAUCUGCAGCUUUUUCUUUGUUAGUUCAACCCAAUCGAUCUCUUACAACACAGAUUCUUGUGCAGCAUGAUGCAGUACGCAAGGAACAGAGACUGAACUACAGCAAAAGCACACAAGUUCAGAACUGGAGUUCUAGCGCCAGCUUGUUGGGCCGAACCAAAAUGGUUAAAUGGGCUCUAGGUUUUCAGGCUUGGGCUCCCUGGAAAAGUGGGGCCCAGACAAAGGUAGGUGACAGAUUUUCAUUUUUACCGCGAACGCGAGGUGAGGUGGCGCGGGGAAUCGGCGCGAAAGGCUCCUUCCCGGUUUCUCCUUUCCCGCCAUAUUUCUCUCUCGUUUGCUUCCGCUUUAAUAGAGAGAGGAAAAAUCCUCGCUUCCCAAGAGGGUAGCGGCGGCGGCGGAGGUGGCGGCAAGGAAUCCAGCGUUGCGUCCGGGGAUCGCUGAGGAAUGGAUUGCUUCUGUUUGGUGUCUAGGCAUGGAACAAGAUUGUGAUGAUGCUGCAAACCAAGUCGGCGCAGGAGAGGAAAGGAUACUGAACGGAAUGGGAGAUAAUGUUGACAAUGCCAAUGACAUGGCUGAACAAGAGGAAAGCUCAGGCAGCGCGCCUAGCCCAUUGUUCUUGGGCACAAGGCCGAAAAGGCUCCGAUCAAAGGCGUGGGAUGACUUCACACCCAUCUACAUCGAUGGGAAGGUUGCAAAGGCUGAGUGCAUGCACUGCCACCAAGUUUUUGUCAGCAACAGCACCAGUGGCACUAGUAGCCUGCUAAAGCACCAGUCCAAGUGCAACCCCCAUGCCCAGAAAAGGGCAAUGCAGCAGAAGCUUCCAUUUCUGCCAUCCAGCCAGAAGAAUCUGACGACACUCAAUUCUGAUCCGAGACAGAAGAAGCUCCUAUUCUUGCCAAUCAGCCAAAAGAAAUGCUCUGACACAGCAGAUGUGAUGCCUCACAAGAAGGAUCCUGCCUUGCCUAACAGUAUGAAUGACACAAAUCGGAAGAGUCAGGAGGUCGACAAGAGUGGGUCUCGUGAGGAACUCGCAACACCUGAACAGAAGAAUCUUACCUUGCGUCAUGUACCCACGAAUAAUAAUGACCAAUCUCAUGAUGAACAUCCAGUGCCUGAACAGAAGAACAAUCCUACCGGCACGAAUAUGAAGAAUCCUGAGACUGAUCAGAACGGGUCAAAUGGACUUAUCCAGACAAUGGCAAUGUGCGGAUACCUACCAUUGAUGAUGCACAAUGAUAGGUUUAGAAAGUGUCUUCCUUGCUUCGAUUCUAUGGUCAAUAUGCCAGCCAACAUUAACAUCUAUCUUGACUUUAUACAACUGUUUGACAAAGAAAAGGCUAAGCUGAAGGAGAGGUUUGCUGCUUUAAGCAGUCGGGUUUGCUUGAGUGCUCAUGUGUGGCACUAUGUUCAACAAUUGGCCUUCUUGUGCUUGAGUGUUCAUUACAUUGAUGAAGAAUGGGAGAGGCAACAGAAAAUCAUCAGAUUUUGUCACGUAGGUCCUUCUUGCGAUGCAGGAGAAUUGAGUAGUGUUAUAUUGGGAGCUAUUGAAAAAUGGGGUCUUCGUGAUAAGGUUUUUAGUAUUGUAUUGGAUGAUGAGUUUGUUGAUGAUUCAGUUGCUUCAAAUGUCAAAGCCCAUCUCCAGAAAUGGAAUUUUCACUGUGCAAAACAGAGCUUCCAGGAAUCGAAUUCACACUGCAAAACAGAGCUUGUUUGUGAUACGAUAUGGAACUCAUUUACUUGAUCAGGUCAUUCAAGUGGGCCUGGAUGAACUCGACAAAAUCAUGGAGAAGUCAGUGAUGUGUUCAAAGUUCAUGGAGGGCCUCACCUCUUCAGCAGUAAAAUAUUCAAACAACAACUAUGCAGCAUCAGGGAAGGACUGGACCUGUGCACGUCGUAUUUGUGAUACCUUGGAGGAUUUUCAUCGGUGUAUAGACAUAAUGCCAAAUUUUCCCUGUCCUGUGGACCUAUUUUACAUGGUGUGGAAAGUCAAACGUGAUUUGCAACGCGAAGUUGAUAACAACAGGGAUGAUUCAUUUUCCACUGUGGUAAAGAAAAUGCAAGAGAAGUUCAAGAACUGCUGGAAACUCUGCUGCUUACAUUUCUAUUUGGCCAUGGUUGUUGAUCCUUCGCACCGUCUGGAACACAUCAAGUUUCGUGUUAGACUGCACACUGACACAGAUUAUAUUCACUAUAUGCAUGAUAUAUUUCUGAACCUCUUCGAUGAAUAUUCUGGCAAGGUGGAAGAUACUAACUGUACUUCCGAGACUAGAACAGAAGUUGGUGUGGAUGGAGGUGAUGAUCGGUUGAAAUAUUACCGUCGGUACGAAAAUCCAAUUUGUGAACGACCAAUGACUGAGCUUGAUCAGUACUUGCAAGAGCCACGUCUAUCUGGUGGUGAGCGUGAUGUUCUUCGCUGGUGGAAGGGACAUAACCUGACCUAUCCAACAGUUGCUCGGAUGGCACGUGAUAUAUUGGCAAUACCAUGCCGUACAUAUCUAUCUAUCUAUUAUAUACUAAAAGUCCAUUAAACUUCCUACAAACGCUCCCAAGCUGCCACAUGGCGCUCUAAUAAAUUAGAGAAAUCCUAGAAAU